AUGUUCUCUACUGACGCAUCACGAAGAGAAUCACUCCGUCCGAAACGAACACGCCCAGCUGCUGGAUCGGAGGACUCAAUCAAGCUACCUCAAGCGAAGCGGAAACGUUCAGCCCUCCGGAGAGACACAUUCGAACCCCUGACUGAAGCAAGCCUCAAUGAAGUGGCAGGACGUGAUGUGGUUGAAGAGAAAAGCAAUGGAUAUGCCGUCGCAGCUGCGCCCUCCCAAGAAUUGACCCUGCGAGGCGCGAAGAAGGCAGAGAAGAGGUCCGAAAGAGCAGCAAACACCAACGCCGGCUUGACGCUUUCAAGCAACGACUUCUACACUGUCACUCAGCUGCCGGCACUACCUGAUCUGAUCAGAAAUCAGCCAGGUAUCCCGUAUUCUUGCACCAUCUCCCCCGAGUAUGGAUACACGCUCGCGUUGACCCACACCGAUGCGAUCAUCUGGCCCUACAAUUCGAGCGCCUCUAUCCCUUCCUCGCGAGAUGUCGUCGCGUUUAAACUACCGUUUCCACAGGCGUCGACAGGAGAUCCCUUGCCACUCGGGACUUUUACAGCAAAGGCUGCUAAUGGCGAGCCCGGAAUCGUUGCAGUGUCAGCAAAAUCUGGCAAAAUUGUGUAUUGGGAGACCUUGUCUAGCGCCUCUUCUGUUAUACCUGGCCAAAGCUCAACAGUGCAAGGCUCGAUACCUGGUUUGACGAGCACCGAAGUUGUGGAAGAGCUAGUGAAUGCCGAACCCGCUGGAUUCAUCCUCUCGCUAAGCCAUGGUCGCGUGGUUCACCUAACGAUUCGUGAUCAAAUGGGCAGGCCUGGCAUCGGCGUGCAAUUUCUGCGCAAAUACCCCAGUGCGACAAGUGGCUUCUUCGGGAGUAUCAAAAAUGUAUUUGGCGCAGAUCGGCGAAAGGGUGUACCGAUCGUGAAGGCUGGCGGCUCUAGGAAGGGUCAACGCGAUGUGGUCAUUGCCACGGAAGAUGGAGUUCUGGAGUUCUGGAGCACGCACCUCCUUGUUGGCAAUUCGCUUGAGAAAUCAUUCAGCUUCAGGGAGGACGCUUUGGAGGCCCUAAGAUCAAUUCUGCCCGAUGUGACAGACUUCAAGAUCCUGGAUGUGGAGCUCUCAGCAGGGCCAAGCACGGCACUAAAUCGACGGGAUAGUCAUGGCAUCCCCAUGAUGGCCCUACUUUCCACGACCAUCGAAGGAGAGACCAAGUACUAUAUCAUCGAGAUGCUCGUCGACCAGGAGGCCAGAAUCAAGGUAGUGCACCCUGUCAGCUGCUAUUCCUCGUCAACUCCCUCCCAGAUGAUUUGGCGACCUCGGCUCUGCGUGUCCAGAAAUCAACCAGCGGCUUUCAUUCUCUUCGAGACAGCCAUCGUCCUGUUCUCGCUAGUCAAGAUCCGAGAGUCACCCUCAUCCCAACUGUUGAUGGAACGACAAGCACUCCCGGAGCCGUUUCAGGAUUGCGUCAGAUUUCGAGAGGACACUACCUAUGAAGUCCUUGGCUAUGCACUUGAAAUGUCAGAGAAGCAGUCUUCUGUCGUAUUUGGAGUGCAGGGCUUUGGCAUUGUGAAAAUGACCUCACGUCUGCGCGAUGAAGAGGAAGUUGACGUCGACGAAGCAGAUGAGAGGGAUCGAAUGAAUGCGAAAAGCAAGAUCGAGCAAGCGGUCUUUUUCGGCACCAUCAAACAAAAUCCGCUGGAUCUCAAUAAGGCAGAUCACUCAUUCUCGCGCGAAGAGAUUGAAGCAGCUGCAAUGGACAUCACAUCAGAAAUCCUCUCAUCAUCGUCCAAACACCUGCCGAAGAGUGCGCCUUCCAUCGACAUGCAGAUGCGACUACGUGCUAAAGCCCUCGAUGACCUGGCUGGGUACUUGAUGAGUCACUAUCCCUCGUCAAUCUCUCGGAAUACCCGGUUUCAAUUAUUGCUCGAAGCCGAGAAGCUAGCAGCUGCUCAAGCGAUCUGGAAGGUUCAAGAAGAAAUUCAACGAAAAUAUCCUCAAGCUGAUCGCGAAAUGCCAUACCUCGACUUUACCCUGCGGGCCUUGCACGAAACCCGGCAAAAGUACCCAGACCCAGACAAAGGAGAGAAAGACCGGGUUAGACAUUGGCUUGUGAACAGUGUUAAGAACGUUGGCCACUUGAUGUCUGAACUAGUCAGCUGUAUUCCAGAGCUCGAGCCGAUGGACGUUACAGACCCGAAAGUGGUGGCUGACUACUUGAAAGAAGCCGUGGAUUUGUGGAUUGCAUCAUAUUCUGCCGUCUUCAAGUUUCGAGAGGACAACGCAUCCCUCUAUGGACUCGGAGACGAAGUCUUCAAGGACGGUGUGCUCGUUGAGGGUUUUCCAACUGACAUCCCUCAUCCUUGGUCGUCGAGUCCAGAGCCCUUGCGGUUCAGUCAGAGGCUGAUUUAUGACAUCUGCAAGUUCGUAAACGAGUGGUGGGAGUUUACCCACGGGAGGAGCAAGAAGAAAAAGAUGCCGACGGACGACGAAGGAAAGCCAUACGAGGGUCCCAGCAAGGCCAUACUUCGGGAAUUGGCCGCUCGUCUACCAACCGAACUGGACUUGUUUUCCCGACUCGUGUUCGAAGAGUCAAUCCAAGCGAAGAUCAGACACAAAGAGCAUGAGGAAGAUCCUGAUGUUUUGAAGGACGAGAUCAAGAAUAUCGACCGCGAAGUGCAAAACAGAUUAGGGCAAGCGUUGCAAGCCAUCUCGGUGUUCAACAUGCGAGGUGCAAUUCAGCUAGGAGAAAAACUGAAAUACUACGGCGAUCUAGUCACGAUGCACCUCGAAUAUUACAAGAAACUAAUCGCUGAGGCUGCGGCUGAUCCGUCACUGGCUGAAAAGAAUCAACACGAAUUGGAAGAAAUGCGAGACCGGGCUGAGUCUUAUUAUGCCAAGUUCGGCAAAGGCUGGGCCUUUGCUGCUUAUAGUCAGAUGCUCAUUGAUGGCGAGUGUGGGAGUCUACUGCUCAAGGGCCAGGAAGAUCAGCAGAAGGAAGAAUUUCUCACAUGGUUCUUCAAGAUGGCCCCUGUCGCUCACCAACGGCUGGGCAAGCUCAGCUGGAUUCAUGAUGUGAUCUCAAACAACAAUUACCAGCGCGCAGAACAAACACUCCAAGAGGUCAUUGCUGAAGAACAAAACGAUGUCUGGAAUAAGAAGACGGAACUGGCUCUUGCCAAAUUGGUUGGCCUGGCAGCUGAUGAGUGCACCAACAACCUCCGGGACCCGAAAGCCUACGACGAUGGCUUGUCAGUGAUUGCAAUUCAAGAGCAAGUCUACAGCCACGUUAUGGCAUCUGUUGGUGCUGCGCUUGACGACAAAGCGGCGUUCGACCUAGCUCAAGACACAUUCGCCUCUCGAGUGGUAGCCAAGAGCCCUGCCUUGAAACGGCAGCUGAAGCAGGUUCUCAAGUCCUUGUUGCGUCAACUGCCACUAACGGCGGAGGAGCUCGUCGACCUGUUGACCUUGAUGGAUCCUAUCGAGUGGGCCGGGCUUCCCGAGGAGGAUCCUGAGGUUAGUGGGCAGGAAUUUGCCCUUGCGCUGAAGGUCGUGGAUCUCUCCGGCCUGCCUGAGACGAAGCAAGAGGAUCUUCGAGCGUCUAUCUGGAGAAGAGCAAUGGUUCGUGAUGAUUGGUUGAUGCUGAAUGAGACUAGCGGUAAAGACGAUCAAUCAGUGGAAGAGGAGAUGCAGCAGUCAAGCUUAUUCCGUGCCGUGCAACACGUUUUCGUGAUGGAGCAGAUUGAGGGGACACCAGUUCACCUGCUGUCUCCAGGCGAUAUUCUCAGCCGAGAACCCUUCCCAGCAAGCUUGCAAGAUAAACUCGCGGAGAACGAGAUUGAAGGCAUUCGCAAAGAUGUCGAGAAGGAACAAGCAAGGCUCAAGAGCUUCGUCGAGAAGGGGAGACUGGAGGAUCACUACGGCGGGUUGAUCACUGCAGCGCAGAGAAACGUCAGGGAUAUGAUCGAUGCGCAGGGCGAGCAGGUGGCUCGCCAAGCUCUGGAGCAAGAGCAGCGCAAUGGUGUUUAG